AGGCCUGGGCGGAGGCCCUCGCCGCAGAGCCCGGGCUCGGCGCCCGAGGGCGAGGACGCCGCGGAGGAGGCCCUGGACGUGAAGAACUUCAGCGUGGCGCGUGCGAAGGUGGACAGAGAAGACGCCGUGCACGUCAGAGGUGCAUGGGCAGGAGAAGUGCGCGCCGACGCCACCGCAGCCGGGCGCUACGAAACUGUGCAGCCGCCCGGCGCCGCCAGUUCCACGGGCAGGCGGGCCCCGCCAGCGGCUCGAACCUGCGCGCGUGGGCCGUCGCCGCGGCGGCCCCCGAGAGCGACGGGGAGGACAGCGCAGACGACGACCUGGAGUGGAUGCGGAGCCGCCAGGCGAGGCGCCAGCAGGUGCUGCCGAGCAUGCGCGAGGGCCCCAGCCGCGGCACCGACGGCUCGGGCAGCCAGGACGGGGGCGGCUCGGACAGCGGCAGCGACGUGGAGCCCAUCUUCAUGCCGCGCUGA